AGUCGACGGCUGCAAGCGUAAACAUUUUGAAAAUGAAACUUUUGCUAUUUGUAUUGGGGCUCUGUACUGGCGUUCUGCUGAGCGCCGCUGAGGGGAACUUGCUAACACGUCUACUGCACCGGGAUACGAAAUCGUCGACGACAUCGACGACAGAGAAAACAGGCAAUCAGCUCUAUAUAAAUAACAACUUACCAAUCGUGGAGGCGCAAUGCACUGCACAUUAUGCAUGUAGUAAGAAGCUUACAAAUGUGGCAGCACCACGUCCAUGCGUUAAGUACUGCCUGAAACGCAUAGAGUGCCCCAACAACCAGGUGAUUCGCGGUAAGCCUAAUCAGUGCGUGGAGCUAGACGAGACCCAAGUGUUGGCUGACUAUGAAGCAACUACUACGAAACCAUCGUCAUAUGAUGGAGCAACAACCGAAAAAAUUAUGGAGGUUGCUAUGAUUGAUUUUCCCUGUCAGCCAGGCUACCUGCCUGACAGCCGUGGACGCUGCCGUGAGAUAUGGUGAUCUGAUCAGUAAGACACAAAAAGAAAUCAAGUUUUUACCGUUCGCGACAUUUUUACCUAGAGCUUUGAAAUUGUAAUGUAGAGUAAUAAAAGUAAAACGAAAUACCCA